AAGGAUAUAAAAGAAGAAGUGCGCGCUCUCGGCGAAGCGCAGCAUCAGCACCAGCAUCCGAUGCGCGUCCCCGCCCCGGUAGAGGCUGCCCAAGAUCCCGGGAAGAGGUGCUGGAUCUGCGCGAGUUAAAGUUGGGCUAAAAGGGGGGUGAGAGGAUGCUGCAGAACAAUCUUCGGUCUAAUUAACAUAGCCUGUGCGGAGAAACGUGUCCUAAGUGAAGGAUGACUUGCAAAAUACUGAGCAUAUGCCUCUUGUUUUUGGGUUUUCAAGAUUGCUCAUCACGAGAAUGUGUUGAUCCGCUCAUCUCUGGGCUGUAUGCCUCCUCCUUCCUGGCGUCUUCCAGAUAUAACUUCCUAUACUCCGCCAAUUUUGCCAAACUCUAUGGCAGCAGUGGCUGGUCCCCUUCCCCCCGGGACAGACAGCCAUGGCUGCAGGUAGACCUGGGUAGGAAGUACCGACUGAUGGCAAUCGCCACCCAGGGGACCUUCAACUCCUAUGACUGGGUCACCAAGUACACGCUGCUGUACGGAGACCGCCCAGACUCCUGGACGCCGUACAUCAUGAAAGGAGGCAACUCUACGAUGCCUGGUAACUGGAAUUAUUAUCAGGUGAAGAGGAAUGUCUUCCAUUACGCCUUCACUGCUAAACACAUUCGUCUGCUGCCUCUGGCAUGGAACACAGAGAAUGGAGGGAAGAUUGGUGUGAGGCUGGAGCUCUUUGGCUGCCCUUAUGAUUCCUAUGUGGUGCAGUAUAACGGGGAUGACUCAGUGAUCUACAUGUACCCGGAAAAAAGAUCUCGCACACUGCAAGACCACAUUGCCAUAAACUUCAAGACUCUUGAGCAGGACGGUCUCCUGUUACACAGUGAGGGGAUCCAGGGAGACCUGUUCACCCUGGAGCUGAAGAGGGGCCGUCUUUACUUGCACAUCAGCCUUGGAAGCAGCAUUGUACACAAAGUCAACGGCCGAACUACACUGACUGCAGGAAGCCUUCUUGAUAAUCUACACUGGCACUACGUUACUAUCAAGCGCUAUGGUCGACAGGUGAACUUCACAGUGGAUAGUCAGACAGUAACAGCUGUUUGUAAUGGAGAGUUUACUCACCUGGAUCUCGAUACACAGAUCUAUGUAGGAGGAGUAAUAGAGGAAAGUUUGCCCCACCUACCUACCACACCAAAUUUCCGAGGCUGCCUGGAAAAUGUCUUCAUCAAUGGUAUCAACAUCAUCGACAAGGCCAAGAGGGAAGACCCUGAAAUACGCAUACCACGGAGGAAAAAGAUGCAUUAUGCCUGCCGUGACAUCCUGCUCAAACCCAUGACCUUUGCUGGGCCCAACAACUACCUGCAGGUGCCGGGCUUCUUCAGGAGGCCUCGCAUGUUUGUCAAGUUCAAGUUCCGUUCGUGGGACUACACGGGGCUGCUAAUGUUCACACGCUUUGCCGAUGACCUGGGUGCGCUAGAGCUGGGUCUGAGCGAGGGACAGAUCAAUGUCACUAUAUUCCAGCCUGGCAAGAAGAAACUCCAGUUUGCUGCAGGAUACAGGUUAAAUGACGGCUACUGGCAUACAGUGGAUUUAGCGGCCAGAGACAACCUGCUGACUCUCACAAUCGAUGAGGAGGAGGGCUCGCCAUUAAGGAUCACCAACCCUUUCACCAUCCGGACAGGGGAUCGCUACUUUUUUGGAGGUUGUCCAAAAACCAAUAACACGAUAAGGAAAUGUGAGACCAAGCUGAAUCGCUUCCAUGGCUGCAUGCAACAUAUCUUUAUAGACAAUGAACAGCUCGAUAUAGACAUUAUUCUGCAGCGACAGUGGGGACGUUAUGCUGAGCUGUUGUUAGGCACCUGUGGGAUCACUGACAGAUGUUCUCCAAAUCCAUGUGAACAUGAAGGCAGAUGCAUCCAGUCCUGGGAUGAUUUCAUCUGUCUGUGUGAGAACACAGGCUAUAAAGGAGAAGUGUGUCACAUGUCGGUUUAUAAAGAAUCAUGCGAGGCCUACAGACUCAGUGGCAAAUAUUGGUCCGGUAACUACACCAUCGAUCCUGAUCUCAGUGGGCCGCUGAAACCGUUUGAAGUGUACUGCAAAAUGAAGUCAUAUAAAGCUUGGACAGUGAUUAUGCAUGAUCGAGUGGAUGGUACCAAGGUGACUGGGAGUUCAAUAGACCGACCAUAUAUAGGAGAUGUUAACUACUGGAACGCCUCCUGGGAUGAAGUCACUGCUCUUGCCAACACUUCCAUGUACUGUGAGCAGUGGAUUGACUACUCUUGCUAUAAGUCCCGCCUCCUCAACACUGGCAAUGGAAGACCUUUUGGUUACUGGAUUGGUCGCAACAAUGAGAGUCACUAUUACUGGGGUGGGACCUUCAGAGAAGUUCAAAAAUGCGGCUGUGCCAUCAACCAAACAUGUGUCGACCCCAAGUUUCAAUGCAACUGUGAUGCCGACUAUAGACAAUGGUAUUCUGAUAAGGGAUACUUGGACUUUAGGGACCACCUGCCUGUGAGGAGGGUGGUGGUUGGGGACACCAACAGGACUGGCUCAGAAGCGCAGUUCACAGUCGGGCCACUCCGCUGCCAUGGCGACAGAAACAUCUGGAACACCAUAGCCUUCACCAAGCCCACCUACAUAACCUUCCCCACCCUCAAGCCUGCAACCACUGUUGACGUCUCCUUCCACUUUAAAACCUAUCGUGACCACGGUGUCUUCCUGGAGAACUCUGAUGACCACCUCAAAAACUUUAUAAGAGUAGAGCUCAAUACCACACAUAAUCUUGUGCUUGUAUUUAUGGUCGGUGACGGCAUCCUUAAUGUAACCCUGCACUCGCCUGUGCCACUCAAUGACAACGAAUGGCACUUUGUUCAGGCUGAGCUUAAUGUGAAAGUGGCCAGAAUCAAGGUAGAUUAUCAACCGUGGGCUGUCAAACGCUUACCAGGUCAGACCUUUGUCACCAUGCAGUUCACGCACCCUAUUCUUGUAGGUGCAGCCAACCGCACCUUGAGACCCUUCUUGGGGUGUCUUCGAGGGUUACGGAUGAACGGUGUUCCUUUUGAUUUAGAAGGGAAGGUAAAUGAAGAACAAGGUGUAAGAAGGAACUGUACUGGACAGUGUCUCAAUGCUUCCAUACCAUGUCGAAACAGUGGCCAGUGUAUUGAGGGCUACGCUUCCUACACAUGUGACUGUAACAACACCGCUUUUGAUGGUUUCUACUGCCAUAAAGACAUUGGCGGUUACUUUGAAAUCGGAUCGUGGCUGAGGUACAACAUACGAAAGAAGCCUGUAACAGAUGAAGCAGCGUGGGCCAACUGGAUCGACCCUCACUAUGAUAAUUUCAGUCUCGGCUACAAUGACACUGCGGAUGACAUAGAGUUCAGUUUCAGCACAGUUCACACCCCAGCUGUGCUGCUCUACAUCAGUUCUUUCGUCCAGGACUACAUCGCCGUCAUCCUCAAGACUGAUGGAAGUGUAGACCUGAGGUAUAAGCUGGGGCUCAUAACACACAAGUACCAGCUGACUCACCGAAACCUGGCUGACGGAUACCCUCACUAUGUGAACAUAACCAGGCACAACAGAACCAUCAAAACACAGGUGGAUUACAUGGAACCCAUAGUGGAGAAGAUAACCUUGGUGGAAGAUGCCAGGUUUGACUCUCCAAAGUCCAUGUUCAUGGGCAGAGUGAUGGAGGUUGGUGACAUCGACUAUGAGAUUCAGCGACACAAUGCUCCAGGCUUCAUUGGCUGCAUAUCUGGGGUGAGAUACAAUGUCUACGCCCCUCUGAAGGCCCUCUUCCGUCCGAAUGAAACAGAUCCUCCAGUCACGACACAAGGUUAUGUCUCUGAGUCCAACUGUGGUGCCUUCCCUCCUGUCCUGGGUUAUGUACCGUGGGAGGUAGACCCCUGGUUCACUACCAUAGAGUAUUUUUACAUCCACGAUGACCUCGGUCUGUUUUGGAUAACAGUUAUUGUCAUCCUGGCGCUGCUGCUGCUCUUUGGAGGCCUGUACAGCAUCUACGUCUACGCUUACCAGCAGAAGGGCAGUUACCACACCAAUGAACCCAAAAACCUGGAGUCUCCCAGCAGCUCCAGGCCACUGACUGAGACCCUGAGGAGAGAAAAAAAGAACCUCCCAGAAAUUGAAGAGGAGUUCAGGAGCGACUAGCAUCACGGGACCUCUGGGGCAAAGGGUGGGGUUUGACAGGGGUGGGGUUGGAGCGAGGGAAAUAGCACUUACAAAAACCACAGAUACCUGUAUUAAGUUUUCUAAUUCUUUACUUUUCUUUCUUUCUUUUUUUUUUUUACAUUUUGGUUUAUUUUUUUUUCCCCGGUCGAGUGGGAUAUGACGCCUGGUGCUCUACAUAGUAUGUAUUUUGGUAAGUUCUAGUUUUGCUGAGUUCAAAGUUCAAAUCAAGCCCCAAGUUGCAUGAGUAGCCAACAAGUCUCACACUGUAUUGCAGGGUGAAAUACUGAAGUGCCUCAUCUGAGCAAGCUUGAUCUGAAGUAACCAUAAUAGCUUAUUCAGAUAGGGUUUAGAUUAGACACUGUGGGGGGGAAAAAAGAAUUUCAAGGGAUUUUUAAUUGGAACAUCAACUUUAAGUAUUUAGGAUUUUAUUAAUUGAUUUCUUUUCUGAGCCAUUUUUCAAGACCGACGAAAGCUAUCGAAAGCUGACUGUAUACAUCUAAACUGUACCUUUUGAUGACAAUCUCUCAUGGAGCUAUUUUUUUGACACCAUAGCUCAUAAUCUGUCUUGGGUUUGUGUAGUGAGCACAUCUAAGAGCUGGUGAACGAAACCAGCGUGACAAAAGUACAAAUCAAACCUGGUGUUCACGUGUAAAAACAACCAACCCGAAGAGAGAACUUACAGACGAGCAUGGAGCUUUGAAACAUUAAGCUUUGAGAUGACACAUUUAAAGAUUGUAAAAGGUAUCUACGCUUCUAUUUGUUGUAUUGCAGCCUAUAACAGUGCAUUACUUAUACAGAAUGGCUCGUGUAAGUGGUUCAGAAUUGCCAUAGUGUCAGUAGAUAGCAGCUUUGCCGACUACAGUAUGCUCAGAUUCAUGACACAUUCUCGACCAUGGAGGCUUUGGUAAUGAGAGUGUGAUAGUUUGAAGAUACCUCUGGGUGUGAAAGCUAGCAGACUGUUGGUGUACUGCAGAAUCAAAGCAAAAGUCAAGGUGAUGACGCCUGCCAGGGACAGAAAUAUCACAAAGAGUUCUCAUUCCUUCUGUCUUGCUGCUGGUUUCCUAUAUUACGGUCAAGCUGCCAAUAGCUUGGUGCUAACAGAGUGUUCGACUCAACAGACAUUUCUGAUGACAGAAUUACUAGAAAAGAAUCAGUCCUUUCACAAUACUUCCAUCUUCAAUAAUAACAUUCAGGGAACAGCUGCUCCCUUUGUGACCAUGUGGAGAAGCAUACACAUAAACACAUGCACACACACAGUAACAUAUGUACAGAGGACCACAAGAGUGUAAAUGCUAAUCUUUUACUUCACACUGCUCGAAUAUUUUUGCUGUAGAACAGUAGCUGACAGUAAUGUCAUCGCUGCUGCUGCUUGUUUAGCUGCUCUCGGUGAAAAGUAAAAAAAAAAAAAAAAAAAGAUAUCCUACCUAUAGUCAAAUGAAACUUCCUUUUCUGGCAAGAAGAAAUUUUAUUUGAUGUUUUGUGCAACCAAAGCUUAGGGCUAUCAUCACUCACUUUGGCUCUCCUUGACACUAAAGCACUGUUGUGUAUGUGGAAAAAAAAACAAAACAAGUGUUACAUUUGCACCAUAUCAGCUAUGCAUACGUAGAGCAUGAGCGCACUUUGCAGUAACAUGCAAUAAUAUGAGCUUCUUCCAGCCGCCAAUGAUGUUAAUUUGCAAAUGCACACUAGCAACUAGGAUGUAAUGAGUGUAUACGUGAAUAUAUGAAUAAUGUGUUAGGCGACUUUUUUUUUUUAUUCCUAUAGUUUAUAAAAAACGAGGAAAAGCAGUUAAUUGGAGUGCUUUGAAUGUAAAUCCUUUGACUCUGUCUGUAUGAGCAGACAGCGAAGACCUGCUCUGAUGUUUUUUUGAUUGCUUAAGCACUGAAAGUAAAAUUACUCAUGGUAGCUUUCGUGAAUGCUCAGGAUAAAGAAAGUACAGUUCUCGCUCGCUGUAGCACUGAUACACCUCCGAAACUCAACACUGUUGGUUCUCUUCCGUUGCAGAUGGGCAGAACUGUGCAAAACUGUACAGUCAGGAUGUACAGUAAAUGUAAAAAAAAAGAAACUGCAAUUACUGUAAAGGCACGACUUGCUAAUAAUGUAUGAAAAUGUACAGAUUUGGCCGAAACGGGCAUUUACAGGCUAUAUUUUUGUGCUGUAACAAGAGGAAUGAAAGCGAAAAGUGAGCAAACGGAGUGAAACUGAUGGCUCGAUACAAAGAAUGAUUUGUGUUUUUGUUAUAUGGACAAUCACCACACAACUUCAUAUUAGGCACAACAUACUGGGGUCAAAUAUGCUUUGUUGCCUAUUAGGAAAGAGUCGACUUAUGUAUUAUAUAAAUGUAUACACCUUACUUACUGUAUUCAUUGGUAAACGGACUAUAAACAUUCAGCCUAGCAGUGUCACAUUAUUGCAUCUCACUAUUCAUGUGUGGUCCCUGGAGCGUGUGUUUGUGUGACUGACUGGAUGUUUUAGUGUUUGUGUAUUCAUAGUUUGCCCACCAAGAUACAACCGAAUGACGUUAAACAAAUGUGCACUGAUGCCAACUAUCCAACUCACUUAGCGUAGUGCGCCAACAGUAGAACAGCGAGACAGAAACAAGACGUGGUGGUACUCAGCUGUGGCUUCUUCUUAUACAGGCAUCAGGUAUUUGUGAGAUUACAAGCACAUUGUGUGGAGUCACCAUCCAGCAUCCGAAUGAUGGAGGAAAGGAUUUGGGUAAACCGGACUGAAAUAAAACGGCCAGUAGAGGGAGUCAGCCAGCAGGGUGUUUUUUUUAAAUAGCUCGGACAGGGUAUCUGCCGAUUCCUUAAAAUACGAGACUUACAGAGCUCUGUUUAUUGCUUCCUGUAGUUACACCUAAGAUUAAUGGCAAAAUAGAAAAGCAUAUUUAAAGGAGCAUAAUAAAUUUAGCUAAAAGAAUCACGAUUUGCAUGUAAUUCUGCUCUGUUCGGCAGACACAUGAAGAGAUUUCAGUACCUACAAAAGCCUUAAUAAAUCUGCAGACACCCUGUCGACGGUGGUAUCACGUGUGACAUCAGAUGAUAAAGCACCAGAGUGAGGAGGAGGAGGAGGAGGAGGCAGGUUAGACCAGGUUAGAACUCUGCACCAUCAAACUAAAUCCUCCUGGAACAAGAACUAGAUAUAACAAUUGUGUUUUUGAUCACACUGGAAUUUAGGAUAUAUUUUUUCUGUUCUUCUGUAUGCUCGAGUUUGUUUUGUAAUAAUUUCACUGUAAAUGACCAUUACUGUGUAAAUCAAGGCAAAGCCAAACUGUCAUCUCAAUAAAAGAAGCUUGAAGGAAAUUGUUAA